UGAGGAUCUGUUCCAGUCACGCUCCUUGUGGCUGCCCGUUUGGUCCCUGUGCGGGGAGAGCCACGCACCCGAACAGCCAUUUAGCUCCAUCUUAAGGCUUUGCUAAUGAAUCCAUUGCACUCACAACAUGGUAAUUGUUAAUCAGCUUCAGCGAACCUUUCUUAAAUACAGCAAACAUUUCAGCUGUAGCUCUGGCAGCGGAAUGACAUUCGACAGUAAAUGCUGAGAUCAAUAAGGGUACGAGUGGUACGAACCAGGUAACACACUAACAAACAGCGCCUUAAGCACCGCGUGCAGAUGUCAUCAGCGCCGCGUCCCUCAUCUGCCUGUAGCUUGCGUGUUUCAAGAUCUAUUGAUUUCACUGCUAUGUUUGUGACUAAGAUUGGUAUAUUUGUAUUAUAGUCCUCAAGUACUACAUUUACAUCUAAAUCUUCAUUUCCAUUUGUUACAAAAUAAAAAAAAAGUACAGUUGAAAUUCUAAAUGAGAAGGUUUACGUCUGCUAUCAGUCUUUCUCUUUAUAAUUCCCCUUCACAUGCACUGCUGCCCACAUACGCACAUCUCAAGAGUAGUUCCCACCGCUCCACCCGAUACCACACCCACCCACACACCCACACACACACACACACACACACACACACAUGACCGUUAGGUGGGUUGGCUGCCUUAAUCAUUGUUUAUGAUCCCCUCCGGCACUGCGAGGUAACAGGAAAAGGAAAAGCUGAAACAAAAUUCCCCGGAUGCCACGGCGGCCAGCGUGUCUUGUAUAGGAGGCAGUGCACUGAGUUAACAAUGUAAGGGCGAGUGAGGCAGCGCGGCAAAAUAUGCACGUAAAGCCCUCACUCAGGAAUGCUUGUGUCGCCGCCGCAGUGUGCCUGGCGGGCGUGCACGUGUGCAGUUUUCUUAACGCUGGUCUCGCCGAUCGCCCACCACAGAGGGGCGUCGCGCGGCUGCAUGAUGCAUCUUGCCGCGCACUCUUCACCGUCACGGACGUUCCCCAACGUUACGCGCCCAACGCCAGCCUCUUCGUACACAACCGUUAUGGAUAUGUUUCUGCUGACAAGCUGAGUGUAGACUGGAGAGCUCGGCAACACCCUGACACUUGUGGCGGCAACGACGUGGCCGGGGCAGUACAGCAGCUGCUCCUGAAGAGAGACUCUCCGUCAGGAGCGGUCACGACCGAUUACUCCCCGCUGGCGGCCGUCCUUCCCUCCGUGCUGGCCUUCCAGGGCGAGGGCGAGGCCAGCGCCCCGACAGUCACCGCCACCACCAGGAUCGGCGCCGCCGGCGGCCUGCUGCCUUACGUGCCGUGUGAAAUAGUGACCUACGCUGACCCAGCCUCGGUGACCGCCUGCUUCAGGGCCAGACUGGCUCACCAGGACACCCUCUGGAUCUUCUUCAUGGGAGACUCAAAAAUAAGAUACUUAUUUUUCGAAUUUCUCGCAAGAAGUGACGACGAACUUCACUAUUUGGUCAAGUUUCCGAACGGUAUCAAGUCCCUUGCUGAGAUAGACAGAAAACACCUCAAACUCAAAGUCGACAUGGAAGCAUCGAGCACGUUGCUCCCUGGACUCCUUGUCUCAUUCCAGUUCAGUCCGUUCAAUGAUGUGCAGGUGAGCAAGAUGCGAGGCAGCGCGGAGGUGAAGCAGCUGGCGCGGUGGGCGGCUGGCCAGGAAACACCUCCGCACCUUCUGGUGUUGGGAUACAUGUCGUGGAUCCUGCAAACGAUGCUGGUUAAUAACUACGGAGAGGUUGUGUCACAGAUGAUGGACAUGCAUCGCAUUGUGGUUCCUCUCCUGCACCAGAUAGGUCACAAAACCCGCGUCAUUGUGACGUCACAAAGCAGGUACAAGAUCUUUUCUACUCACGGUCGAGCCCGGUUGUUUGGCAUGUUACAUGGAGACCCCGCCUACGACUGGGGCGAGGCGAUGUUCCUCCACCACCUGCGGUGCGGCUCACGGCAUCAGCCACCUCCUUCACGACAUGGCCGCCAUGACUCACGAUCUCGAGACCACCUGGUUCCCGAAGUGGAGGACAGCGGAGUGUGGUGGUGGGACACGAGUCUGCCGCUGAGCUUGGCGGAGAACAAAGAGUGUGAGGAACUGUACCUCCGCGGUCUGAAUUACAACCCUACGUACAGCAGUUACUUUUUAAAAUGUACUGAUGAUAUCCACGCUGGCGGCGUCACCCUCUGGGACCAAGUCACCAUGCUGCUCAACCUGGUGUGCAACUCCGUGUUGGGGGAACGAGAGGGGGUGUGCUGUGGCUGACACGAGAGAGGCAGGGACACUGCCUUCACACACACACACACACACACACACACACACACACAUUCAUGUC